UGACGAUAACAGUACCAUAACCUUCCCGCUUGCUUUGUUUCACUUUGUUUUGUUGUCGAAUGCUUUGUUGAUGUUGAUUCGUAGAGCUAUUUUUUAAUUCGAUUACUAUAGCGCUAUGCGCUUGUUUAACAAUUUUUCAAUAGUUCUAUCGGUUUAACCCUCAAUUCGAGUCAAAUCAUGGAAUACUCAUCGCCAAAUACGUUCAGACAUCCUCAGAACAAGAUGAACUCACCUUUUACAACUCCACCUGAUCUUGGGCCAGUCACCUACGGCAGUCCUGACUUCAAACCUUUCAGCUACAGCAGCCCUGAUUUCAAGCCGUACAGCUACAGCAGCCCGGAAAAUAAGUUCAACAAACGAGGCCGUAACUCUAGAUAUUACAAUUCGAGUUACAACACGCCUCAGAAACAUAGAAGGAACAGGGGUAAUUAUCACCAUCAUGGAAGGAGGUCGAACGAAGAUACAGACAUUUCUCAAUUCGUGCACAAGUCGAUGGUCGAAGACCCAUGGCAGAAACUCGAAAAGCUCCUACAAGAAAAGGAAAGCGCCAAGUCGAACGGACAAAAUGUAAGCAACGAAAGCAGCAGUUUGCCUACUGGGACGUUGGACUCUCCUUCAUCUAACAAACCGAAGGAUGAAGAUGAAUCAUCAGUGAAGAAGGUUAAAGAAGAAUCGAAGACAGAUCAGUCUGCUUAGUACAAUCUAGGACAUUUUAUUCUUUAUUAUUGUCUUUUUGUAAAACAAUUUUGUACAAAUUUGUGUAAAU